GUCCCAUCUCCACCUCCGAGCGCUCCCCGUUCCAUCCUAGCCGCUGCCGCUGCUUGCUGCGCUCCGCAAGCCUCCCACCCGUCUUUGUUUUCCCUCGAUUCCCGCCAUUUUACCAGUCUAUAAGGAAGAUCAGGGCGCAGUGAGCAGAAGGUCAUCAUGAAGGGAUUUACCAAGGCUAUCAAGCGGACUCCCCACUUGGUCACUUCGAAAGUUGGCUUUUCAAAGAAGUCUUCCGAUCCCGAAUUCGAUGACUACAAUCGUCACUUCGCCGCGCUCGAACAGUCCACCGAGAAGCUGCUCAAGGAUACCAAGGGUUUCUGCGAAGCCGUCAUUACUCUCUUCACCGCAGGCCACGGCUUCGCGAACCACUUCAGUGCUAUCUUCACACCUCUCGGAUCAGAAUACAGCCUCCAAAGCAAGCACCCGGAUUGCGCUGCGACGUUUGAAAACACACCACCGUAUGCUACUCAAAUGGAGGAGCUCCGCUCUGCGGUUUCGCCCGAGCUUGAGCUCAUCGAGAGCCGCAUCAUGGCCCCGGUCAAGGAGUUCCAGGGCGUGCUCAAGACGAUCCGCAAGUGCAUCACGAAACGUGAACACAAGCUGGUUGACUAUGAUCGAUACAACAACUCACUCACAAAGCUGCGUGAUAAGAAGGAAAAGUCUUUAAGCGAUGAGAAGAAUUUGUUCAAGCUUGAGCAAGACUUCGAGAACGCGACGAACGAGUAUGAUUAUAUCAACAACCAGCUCAAGAGCGACUUGCCGCGCUUUAUGCAGCUCGCCACGCAGUUCAUUGAUCCCCUGUUCCACUCGUUCUUUUACAUGCAGCUUAACGUUUAUUAUCUUAUGCUGGAGAAAGUAAACUCCUUUGCGGAGGGGAAAUACGACGUGACCAACGUCCCGGGAUCACAGAUCUCCAAUGACUACGAGGAAAAGAGGUCAGACGCUUGGAGUACGAUAGAGGAAAUGGGCAUCACCAAGCGUAUUUUGUCUACGUCCAAAUUAGUCCAACAAAACCGAGCGAAUGGCGGUGGAGGCUCUUCCCUCGGCCGUUCCACGAGCACGGCGACGGCGUCAAGUGCUGCGAGCUCCUCGCGCGGCAUGCCCCCGUCUAGAGCAGCCCCGUCGUUCAUCAAGAAGGCACCUCCACAGCCUCCUGGCUCAAAAGCUGCGCCAGCGCCUCCACCACCGUACAGCGCCGGGGAGAACGGGGCGAGCAUGGCUGCCGCUGCAGCGACAAAGCGGGCGCCUCCGCCUCCGCCAAUAAAGCCGAAGCCGAAGAUGGAGCCGCCGAAGGAAUACGUAACGGCGCUGUACGACUUCGAUGCGCAGGCGGACGGUGAUUUGUCGUUUAAGACGGGCGACAGGAUCGAGAUCUUGAAGAAGACGGACAGUCAGGAGGACUGGUGGACGGGCCGAGUGAACGGCCAGGAAGGCGUAUUCCCUGGGAACUACGUUCAGUAGACAUUCGGUUUCGUACUCGGAGAUCUUUAUUCCUUUUGUUCUUCUUCGUUUUCUUUGCCUUCUCCUACGUGAACACGGGAUAUCAUAUAUCAUCAUGGGUGGAUUGAGCGGCGACCAGAACAUCUGAUAGGCGGAUGUUUGACUCCUUUCUUUUACUUCGUUCCUUUGAGUUAAUUUACCGCACGGCGUUCAAUUUGACGAUUGCUUGAUACAAGGGGGACCUUUGAGGCUGUUGGGACUGGUGUGGUACCACCACCGCGAGGGUACUUGGAGGGACAGCAUACGAAUGGCUUUAGCUGCGAGAUGCUGCAAAUGCGAUCCAAGGCAGGCUUGUUGU